AGCGGUUCUGGAGUCAUGAAUUUAUUAUUAGUGAUGACAUGCUACACUAGGAUACAAUAUUAGUGACUGAUAAUAUAUGGAGUACAGUUCUCGAGAUGUAAUCAUAGGAGGAUUUAUGUUUCUAACUGUGAUUCAUACUUCAUACGCUUUCUCCCAUUUUCAUUUUCUGUUCAGUUUUGGUUAUUCAAUACUUGAAAAGAAAUUAAAUGAGAUAUGCCAGUGUGAAAUCACUCAAUGAGAUUGUUAAAAUUUAAUGAAUAGACACUCACCUGAGACUCCAGUAUUUGAGACUAUUUCAGAUUGCAGAUAUUUUGAUUGGUUCACUCAAAUCACCUUCAUGAACGACAAAAUCUCUUUACAAAACAUGCAAUAAGAUCGCAUGCAGACACACUCACGAGCAGAAACACAAAACACGUUAGAGGACAAAGGAUAUAAAUUUAUGUUAUAUAAACAAUCUUCACACUAAGCUCACAGAAACUCAAAAUCAUGACAAUGACCUAUUUGAUUAGCUCCAUAUUUCUCAUAAUUUCCUAUCACGCAGUCAAUUGCUUAGUGCCAAGACCACUGAAGCAAGAGAUGGGUGAAUCGUUGUGUAGUGUGGCCAACCUACUUUCAAUUGAACACGAUUAUCCAUCAUGUUACAUACUCACCGAAGCAUUGAAAGUGUUCGGCAAACGUCUCCUACACAAAGAACGUUCGCCACAGUCAGUUGAUGCCGACAGACUAUCCUGCAACGUCACUACACUAAGUGUUGUCAUCACAAGUGGAUGUGAUGAAUCAGAGAACAAACUAUGGCCCAGUGAACACAUGGAUGAAUCACACAAAAUCAGCAUACUGGAUGGGAGGAUUGAUAUUGAAUCUAAUGAAGUAUGGGGAGUAUUGCACGCCUUGCAGACUAUCAUACAACUGGUGCGCAGAAGUGAAUGGGGAGCUCUUGUAUUACGCGAACAAACUAUUGAGGAUUCACCACAAUAUGGUCACAGAGGAUUUCUGCUGGACACUGCCAACCACUACAUCAGUGUUGAUGAGAUGGAGAAAUUCAUUGAUGUUAUGGCCGUUGUUAAAAUGAAUGUACUUCACUGGCAUAUGACAGAUAACACUGCAUUCCCCUAUGACUCAUUCACAUAUCCUGAACUCUCUAGAAAGGGUGCAUAUGAUCCACAAAAGUUAGUUUAUGUAAAUGGGGAUGUUCGACGGUUGUUGCAGUUUGCACGUCAGCGUGGGAUACGUGUGAUCGUGGAAUUCGAUACUCCUGGUCACACAAAGUCAUGGGAAAAAGGUUAUCCAGGAAUACGGACAGAAUGUUAUAAGGACGGUGAGCCGACUGGGGAAACAGGUUCAUUCAAUCCUGCAAAUGAAACCACAUUUGAAUUUCUGAAAGCGUUUUUCAAGGAAGUCACGUCAGUAUUUCCGGAAACGCUUGUCCAUUUAGGUGGGAACGACGUAUGGCCUUCUUGCUGGAACUCGAAUCCUGAUGUUUUGAAGUUUAUGGAGGAAAACAAUUUCGGCGGUGAUUUUGCAAAGCUUGAAUCAUAUUACUUUGAUAAACUCAUUGAAGUCGUUCAAUCAGUUCAACCAGAGGGACAUUCUAUUACACCAGUUUUCUGGGACGGAGUGUACAUCGAUGGGUGCCGUCCUUCUAAAACCACUGUGAUUCAAGUAUGGAAGGGAGGAGCUUGGAUAGAUAUUCUCAAAGAUAUAACAUCAUCUGGUUAUCGAGUUAUAAUGUCGUCUUGCUGGUUAUUCACUGGUAUAAACAGUCCUGGAAACUGGGCGGACUACUACGAAUGUGAUCCAACGGCGUUUGGCGCCACUGAGGAAGAACGAAAUCUGAUUAUUGGUGGAGAAGCCGUUGUAUACACAGAACAUGUGGAUGAGUCAAAUCUCAUUAUGCAUUCAUGGCCUGAUGGUGCUGCAGUAGCCGAACGCCUUUGGUCACGAGAUCCAUUCGAUACCGACGAAUUCAAAAUAAGAAUAAAUGAACUACGUUGUCAUUUGAGACACUUAGGAUUCAAUGCAAAACCUCUAAAUGGACUGAAUAGUUGUUUACGACCGUAAGAAUGCACUUGCAAUAUCUGGACGUCUGGGGAAAACUCAUCAUUUGUAACUCAGCAUUGAUGGAAUAAAAUGCAUUUUCAAAUUGUCUUUCUUUAAUGUACAACUU